CCAGGAAACAGACAACAGGCGCUGUGCCGUGGGAGCUGGCUUGGGGCAGCUCCCCAGGCCGCGCCCUCGCUCCUGGCCCGCCGCCGCUGCCCCUGCCCGCGCGCUCCCCCUCCCGCGCGCCGCCGCCGUUGCUGUGGGCGGGGGCCGUUGUGGCCGUUACUGAGGCGGGCCCGGGGCGGUGUGCGCCUGCAGAGGAGGGGCGCGAGGCGUGUCCCCGCCCGCAGACGGCAGCGCCACAGCCGCGAGGCGCUACCCGCCGCCGUGUUCUGCCGCUGUAGCGGCUGCCCCAGCCACGCUGCGGCCCGGCGGCUACCAGAGACUAUUAUCAUCAGAAGAGUGAUGGCAGAAAUCAAUUCUCCUGUAAAUAUCAAGGAAAAGAUCAAUGCAAUCCGAUCAGUUGUUCCAAACAAAAGUAAUAAUGAGAUAGUUCUGGUGUUACAGCAGUUUGAUAACAAUGUAGACAAGACUGUUCAAGCUUUCAUGGAUGGCAGUGCAGCUCAGGUUCUAAAGGAAUGGAAUAUGACAGGGAAAAAGAAGAAAAAUAGGAGAAAAAGAAGCAAAUCUAAACAGCACCAAAGCAAUAAAGAUCCUAAAAACAAGAAUGGUGGACCUGAGAAAGCAUCUCAAGAGCCCCAGGGGAUAUAUGACUGCUAUCUGAAUGGAUGCUCCAAAGACAGCUCUUGCAGUGGUUCUGCCCAUAAGAAACUGGAAGCUGCUUCUUGUGACAAGAAAGGCUCAGGGUUUGGAGAUUCAGCACGAGUCUGUUCAGAAAUCCCAGUCAAAGAACAAGGACACCAGAGAGUAUCUGUGGAACUAAACCCAAAGUCUGUGAACGGAGUAGAACAGUCUGAGUCUUUUCAGUCAUCAGUACAACUCCAGUGUAACCUAAGCAGGCCAAAGUCAAAACCUUCCUCAGUUAAAUCUUCUUUCUCGGUGAAAUCAUCCAGUGCUACAACUUCACUUGAAACAAAGACAGAUGAUUCAGUCAAAAAAAGAGGGCCAAACAUAGAAAAAUCAGUAAAAGACCUGCAGCGUUGCACUGUGUCUCUAACCAGAUACCGUAUGAUGAUCAAAGAGGAAGUGGAUAUUUCAGUGAAGAAGAUCAAAGCUGCUUUUGCAGAAUUGCACAGUUGCAUCGUAGACAAAGAAGUGUCAUUAAUGGCAGAAAUUGAUAAAGUUAAAGAAGAAGCCAUGGAAAUUCUGACUGCUCGGCAGAAGAAAGCUGAGGAGCUGAAGAGACUGACAGACCUAGCCAGUCAGAUGGCUGAAGCACAACUGUCUGAACUCAGGGCUGAAAUUAAGCACUUUGUGAGUGAACGGAAAUAUGAUGAAGAGCUGGGCAGGUCUGCCCGAUUUUCCUGUGAUACUGAACAGCUGAAGACCCAAAUUCAGCUCUGUGGAGAAAUUUCACACCCAAAGAACAACUAUUCCUCAAGAACACCAUGUAGUUCAGUGCUGUCUUCAAUGACUUCACAUGCAACAACCAGCAAGCAAAAUACGCACACCCGGAAGUCCUCAAGUAACAUCAAGAACUCUGAUAAUAAACCAGUCAGCACUAAAGUACAAAGUCAUCUUUCUUCCAAUCCUACAGAGUCUUCUUCCCAAGGAAUCCCAACAAAUAAACAGAAUGGGCCUUCUAUCCAGAGACGAAGAUUCAACCCACAGCACCAAAACAUCCGACUCAAUGGAUCUCUUAAGUCACAAGGUGCCAAUAAUGAGGCAGAUCAAAAUAAUACAAAGAGUGGUUCCAGGUCUGAACACAGAAGACAACAGCAUAACAGUUUCAGAUCUAAAAAUAAAGGAGCCAUGAAGAAUCAAGAGCAGCCCACAGCUACAAGGAUCACAGAGUAUCCGACAUAUUCAGAAAAGACACGACGAAAGCAUCAUACACCAGACGCUGCAGAUCACAGGCCUUUCCAAGGCAGUGUUGGCAGGGUGUCACAAUGCAAUUUAUGCCCUGCAAGGAUGGAGGUCUCUGCUGAUGCUACUGUUCUUUCAGUGCCAGCUGUGACUUUGGUGGCUUAAAAUGUCACCAUGAUGGCAGGCAGAGAAAUUUAAUCUCUUCAUUUUAGUUUAUUACUCAAGAUGCUUGUUGGUGAAGAAAAUAAGAACAUAAUCAUCUUCAGUCUGUUGCUGCUUAAAACUUGUCAGUGUCUUUAUUAAUUAUUAAUUAUCAAAUUUAAUUCAUACUUUCAAGGCUUUGCCCAAAUAUGUUCACACUUUGUCUUGACAGUACAGAAUCUUAUCAAAGCAGCAUUUACUUUUUAGAAAAUGAAAUCUAGAUUGGAAAAAUAAAUUUAUAAUUAAAUUCAUAGUAGCAAAAAACAUGUUGUAGAUAUGUGGUUAUACCAGUCAGCAUUAUUGAUUUUUAGAGCAGCCUGUAUUAGAAGGAUCCCAGAAAGUCUAUAUGCUGUGGUCUGCAAUGAAAUCAAAUAAUCUUGUAGAAUUCUUCAGCAAAUCUCUAUACACCUAUUUCUGUGUGUGUAUACACAUACAUGCAUGCACACUGUAUACACAGAGAGCAUUAUUAUAUACAAGAACAUUUGAAAAAGCAGUACAUUUCAUUUUAGUAUAUUAUUCCAUAAUCUCAGAUGAUUAAAUUCAAGUAUAAAUUGUAUUAAAUGUAUUACAUAUUGGUAUUUUUCAUUGACAAACUAUUUUUAUGAGACUGAUGAAAAAUGCUCAUUUCUUAAGUUUGGAAUGUAUAUAGUCAUGGCUAUUCAGAUGCACAGCCCUAUUCUCCAUCCUUAUCAGUCACUUUUCUAUGACUAGUUGGAUUUAUUUUUUUGCAUAUGAAAAGUGUUCUAGACUUGAAUCCAAAUUAGUUUUCUAUAUUUUUGCUGUAGGAACCAUCUGUCCAUAACAAGAGCUAUGACUAAGAAACUUGUUACAGCAACAUGCAGCAGAAUGUGGAGGUACAGAUUUGAGCAGAUACUACAUGCUUCUGAGUUUUUUAUUAAAAUAAAAAUCUUACUUAGUCUUAAUGUUCUGAUUCUGUAUUACAGAAAUCCUGUUUCUUCCCAAAAAUUAAAAUCUUUCUAAAAUAUCCUGGUGUUUUGCUGCUUUGCAGUGCCUAAUGUUUGUGGUUGUAUUGAAAUUGUACUUGUUUAAUUCAGCUGGUAUCAGCAGAAGCUUUCAGCUGAGUUUGGACUGGACUAGGCUUUUUGCUUUUAGCUAGAUUCUAAUGCCACAAGUGCACAGAACAGAACCUUCCCAUGAGGGCUGCCUCCCUCCUGGACAUACUUUUAAUACCUCAGUAUGUUAAAUAACUUCUUUCAGAAUCCAGGCCUGGCAUCAAGUGAACUAGUGGUCCCAAGUGUCAGAAUCAGAAAGGUGUAAAAGGUCAAUAAGACCACAACACAUGAGUAGCUUUAAAAGUGUAUUCCUAGGUUAUUGUUUGCUAUUGCUUUUUACCAAUUUCCUCUGCCUAAUUUCUCGUAGCUGACUGCAAACUUCCUUAGUACCAACUGGUGUACUUUUCCUCUGUGGCCUUUGAAAAAUCAUCCCAAAAGUGUAGAGCGAGGUGCAUUCCUUAUGGGUGAUUUUGAUUAUUUUUAUUUCCCAUGAUAUCUGUGUACGGUUUCCCACAUGUGAAUAUUGGUAAAACACAAUUCUAAAAGGCAAAUACUUCGUCUUCAUCUGGAAGAGUGGUGAAAGAAAAAUAAACAUGCUCAGGUAAACACUGGCUUGCUUAGCAUUGCAAGCACUACUGCUAUCCUAAUUACCUAACAUACUUCUAAGCUGAAUGCUUUGAGUAAAUAGAACGGAAAUUCCAGAAUCCAUGUUGUACACACCUAUCAGAUAGGUGGCUUUUGAAAAUGUAUCUGCUGCCUUACCGUUUGACCUGUAACCUCGCUGUAAGAGAUGUAAUUAUAAUUUCCAUGCAGAUAUUACACGGGAGUCUUCCUUACAUAAUUUGUGAAAUUUAUUUAGAUUUCUUCUUGUAACCCCUCCUAAAAAAAUCCAAAUUCUAUCGUAUCUGUAAUGACAUUUACUCCUUCCUUAUAGUUUCUCCACUUGACAGGGUUAUUGAUAGUUAUUUUAUUCUGUCAGUCAGCUUCUCCCAAGCAGACUUCUGCAAAUAAAUAAAAUCUGUAACAUAAGUCAUAACCCAGCACAACAGAACCCCCUUGCACUCUUCAGUCCUAGCGAACCUCUCUGCUGGAGGCUCAAUAUGGGACAGAUCCAGGACUACUAGGUGAGUGUUUCUCUUCAGACUGCAAUGCAGACACAUUUUCUUUCAGCUGUCGGUUUCCUGGAGAGAUUAAAUUCCAUUUUACUUCCACAGUUUAUAAGGCUUAGGGUAGGUAAGAGCAAAGCUAUUUUUAUAGCAAAAUUCACCACAAAGGUUAAUGCUAUUCAGCAAGCAUAGAACUAUUUAACAUCAGUCUAUCAGCAGAGAGAAACUUAGCAAGAUUCAUAGGUAUUAAAAACAACGCCAAAAGUGCCUACUGAGAUGAGUUAAAAGGCCAUGUUUGUACCACAUCCAAUUAAAAAUAAAUAAAAUCGAGUCCCUCAAUAAUUCAUCUUGCUCUGCCUCUCCCCCACAGCCACUUUCUUGAUUAAUCUAUUGAAAUUCAAGGGAAUUCUUUUUUCACUUAUUGGGGUUUUUUUUCUUUUACCUGUGAGCAAGUAAGUCUAGAGGCAAAGAAACCUUAUU